AUGGCGGAGGGCGAGGCUCCCAAAAAGCGUACCUUUAAGAAGUACUCCUACCGUGGUGUGGACCUUGACAAACUCCUGGACAUGAGCAACCAGGAUUUGAUGGAGCUCUUCUGCGCGCGCCAGCGCCGGAAGUUCAGCCGCGGUAUCAAGCGCGCGCCCAUCACCGUGCUGAAGAAGCUGCGAAAGGCAAAGCGCGAUACCGCCUAUGGUGAGAAGCCAGAGGCCGUGAAGACUCACUUGAGGAAUAUGGUUAUCGUGCCCGAGAUGAUUGGCAGCGUGGUGGGUGUGUACAACGGCAAGCAGUACAUCACGGUGGAGAUCAAGCCUGAGAUGAUCGGCCACUACUUGGGUGAGUUCUCCAUCACCUACAAGCCCAUCAAGCACGGUCGUGCGGGUAUGAUGAGCAAGAACUCGCAGUUUGUGCCACUAAAGUGA